AUGCACAUGGCCAUCACUACUUUGACAAGAAAAGCGUACCAUCUUGGUCUGCAUCAAAUUGAUAACCCAAGCAAUCAAAGAUGCUAUGGAUGGGAUCUUCUAGAAGAACCCGUGCUGGAAGACUGGCGCCGUGUGUGGUGGUGCAUCUACGUUCUGGAUUCAUAUUCUAGCUUUUCAACAGCAACUCCGACGCAAGUGGAGACCGAGAGUAUCCGGGCAGCGCUUCCCCUUGAUCCUGCAGUGACAAGUAGCAGGAUCUCUCAAUCAGCGAAGAUCUUUCUUCCCGCUGAGCUGGAAGCCCUGCCGGCUGUUACUCAAGAUAUUGGGAGAGGACUUGUUGAUAGGGGCUUUGGUUUCCAUAUGGCUGUGAACACGCUACUGAAGGCAGCAGUAGCCAUUCAUCGGUUAAGCAAGCAAAGCUCAGGCGAUUAUAUCUCUGGACGCAUCUCUGCGUUGAGGGAUCACCUGGCUGCCUUGCAAUUAACACUUCCCCCCUACUACAUGCAACCGACACCAGAUGCAAUCGGCGGCGAACUACUCCCUGGGUUCAAUUCACGCCUUCAAACCCAACUCAAAUUCCAUAGCAUUCGACUUCUGCUCAAUUUUUCUGAGCUCAGAAUGGAUACGAAGCCUUGGCUAUCCCAGUGGCAGGAGAACUUGGAUAUUUGCUAUCGCAUGUUCGAGGUGAUCCAGCACUGGGAUUCGCAGUCCAGUCUUACCGUCGACCCUGCUAUCUGUUUCAUCGCUUCAUCUUUGCUCAUAACGCUGCAUCUUCAUAGCGUAUCAAGCGCAAACUCGAAUGCGGUAUUGCUUGCUCAGCUCAAACGCCGGAAAGAGGUGGUCCGCCUUUUUCUUGAGAACUACGCCUCGUACUGGAGACUGCCUCGAUUCCUUCUUGACUGCUGCAUUACGUUCACAAACAAGAUCUCGGGCUCCCUGAGCGCAGAAGAUGUCCUUCAAAUCUCGGAACAUAUCCAGGGACCAUUGCAUCAAAAAUGGCUCAGCUUCCUGUCUCCUGGCCCGGAAUCCAUGGAGCUUUUGAAUUUUGAUGAUCUAAUGCAUCUCGAUUGGGAUGCGUCCAUUGAGAACUUGUUGUGGUUGCAGGGAUGUGACUAA